AAAAUGAGCGUGAAAACUGUGUAUUAAUUUCGAUAAGAAUUUAGUGCUCCUGAAUAUAUUGUUAUAGUUUGGCAACUUUAGUAAUGUCUACACUUGUACUUUCUACUGUCGGAAUAGUUGUAGCAAUUAUUUCACAUUCAAUAGGACUACAACUUAAAAAUAAUUUUAAUGAUGCCAUUAAUUGGUUCAUCAAUCCUGAUAUAGAUCGAAAUUUAAAUAAUAAUAAUAAAAUGCAUCAUCGUUACAAUUAUGAUAAGAGAUCGCAAAAUUUUCCCAUAAAACAUGAGAAACUUCACGAAUAUACGGAUAAAAAUAUUCUGAGUUAUAACAAUGAGAUACAAUUUAAUGGAGAAGAUAAUCGGAACUAUGAUGCACAAAAUGAUGCUAUACAGGCAAAUUCUUUGGAGGUCCCAAAUAAAUACAUCUCAGUUAAAUCAACGUUGCUAAAUUAUCCGCCAAUGAAAAGGAAACCAAAUUAUCUAUUGAAAAGAGGAAACGGCGCUAACAAUUUGUAUAAAGACGUCAGCAAUAACGACCUUACCGACUAUUCUAAGAUUUACUUAGUCCUCGAUCCAGAUGCUAAUCUGGGAAAGACAGAUGUUAGGGAUAUAAGCAAAUUACUAUCUUCUAUGUUGACAAAAUUUAAUAUUAACAAUAAUCCGCCUACGAUGGACAGUCUUAAGAGACCGCGUUACAAAGGAUUUCUAUUAGGAGACAACCGGAGAAGGAUUAGAGAAUCCAAUGAAAGUAAGAAAUCUAAUUCAUUGUCAAACCAAUUCAUUCCGAAAGAUUCAUUGGAGCAUGAACAUAAACCCAAGCGUUCUAGAAGCGAGUAUUCUGGUGCAAGGGGACGCACAGGCAUACCUUAUGUACGACACAGGGGAGAUGUGUAUGAAAGGGAAUAAUUAUUCAGUUUCUGUUUAAUAUUUAAUGUCUAAAACAUAAUUUUUUGACUAUUAUAGAAUUUAAAUAAAAAAAUUAUGUAAUUCA